UCUCUCUCUCUCUCUGUGUCUCUCUCCAUUUUCAAUUGCAAAUUUGCUUUGCAUAAUUCAAUAUACACAACAAAAAUAACAAUGGAGGCAAUGAAGAUGAAGCUUUUUGUUGCUGUUGUCAUGAUGUUGAUGGCCGUGUCAGCUGUCCAAAAUGUGGCUGCAGCAGAGGCCCCUGCACCUACCCCUACCGCGGACGCCACCGCCUUUGUACCCGCAGCUUUUGCUUCUAUCACCGCCCUUGCAUUUGGUCUUCUCUUCUAAUUUUCACUCUCUCUCUCUCUCUCUGAGCUUGCAAUUCAUUUGGGUUUUUUUUUUUUUUUUGUUGGAAUGGGAUUUGGGUAGAGAGGUCUGUGUCUCAAUCCUCUUCUCUGUUCCAAAUGGGUUUAAGGGGCUAAUGGUGAUCAUGAGGUUGGGGAAGAGAAGGGGUUGAGUUGAGACUCCUUUGAUUGGGCUUUCAUUAGUUAUUUUUUCUUUUGUGAAUGUUUUGCUUUAACAUAUUCACAUUAUUGUCAUUAUUUCCAUUACAUAUAUAAUUCUUGUGAUUUAUUUUGAAUUUU